AUGAGUGAAGUAGAGCUACAUACACACAAUGAGCCAAAUGGUCACCAUCAUGUGAAGAGAAAAAAGUCAUCGCAACUGUCUUUUGGAUCCAAGAGGCAGAAACAUGCGAUGGUAAAGACCGAGAUGAAGGACAUAGAAGAGUCGAGUGAAGACAUUGCCAAACAGUACAAGAAAUUCACAAAUGCCCCAAAGUAUGACCUCAAUAGCGAGGAACUAUACUGUGUGUGUCGAAAACCCGAUGAAGGAGAGUUGAUGGUUGCUUGUGAUGGAUGCGAAGAAUGGUUUCAUGCUGAAUGUAUGAACAUCAGACCCGAACUCUCCAAUUUGAUUGCCAAGUUUUAUUGCAAAUUUUGCACAUGGAAAGGGGAAGGUGUCACCUUGUGGAAACGUAAAUGUCGAUUAGACGACUGCUAUGAACCUAUUAUGGAAAAUUCGAAAUACUGCAGUUCUGAACAUGGGAAACAGUAUAUGCAGCAGUUAUUGCUUGAAAAUAACGUGCUUGGGCAUGGUGUUGUAAAAACGGUGUUGACACAUGUAGAUGGCGACGUGGAUAAACUCCAUUCCUUGGGGUCAGAAUUUCCUGAGCUCGAAGAGGUGAGAACUUUCCGACAAGAUGCCACCAAGAUUGACCAAUUCCCACUUGAUGUACAAAAACAGAUUGAGUCCUUGCAAAAGAAAAUAGAAGGCGUCAAGGAGAGGAUGAAAAUGCAAUUAAAUGAGCAAGAGAAGCUCCAGGAAGUGAAGGAAAAUGUUAAAAUAAUCAAUGAGAAGUUGUCAACGCUGGUGUUCCCCGAUACCGUAGACGACAAGCAAACCAAAGCCAAGUCUAAGAAAGGAAAACAAAAGAAGCGUGUGGAAUUGUGUCUAUGUGAUAAGGGAGAGCACCAUUUGGUUAAAGAAAUUGCCAACUCGGAACAGUUGUUGGAACAGAUUUCAACAAAAGUGAAAAGAAGAAUGGAUGAUGAUGACGAGAGCGAAGAAGAAGAAGAAGAAGAAGGAGGAUGUCAUGAUGAUGUGAAUUCGAAAGAUGAUGACCCAGACUGGUUUCGAAAUCAAGUUUGCAUCAGAGACAAGAAGAAGUGUUAUCGACAUAAUGGUUGGUGGAAUUUGUCUUUUGACGACACAGAAAAGUUAUUGGAUCAACUUAGAUCAAAACAGCUGGAAUUAGAGAGAGGGAUUGAUGAUGUGUUACGAUGCUACUCCAUUGAAAAGUAUAAUAAUAAAUAA